GGGCAGCUUUCUUCGACUGGUAUGUGACAUACGCGAGGCUUCAGCAUGUCUUCGACCUCCUGCUGCCAUCGCCCUACAUCAGUCCUGAGAUCUUGGAAGUGGGCUUCGGAACAUCAGAGAUUCCUCUCCGGUUGUUUGAGAACGGAUGGGAGCUUGUGACGGCCAUAGAUACCUCAGCCGAAGCCGUUCGCCUGGCCAAAGGCCGCAGUCAGCAUCAUGGGAAGACAGCCCUGCAAUUCCUACAGAUGGAUGCACGCGUCCUGGACUUUCCCGACGAAUGCUUCGAUGUCGUUCUUGACAAGGCCACACUGGACACAAUCCUGUGUGCCGGCGAUGGGAGUUUGCAGGUGCAGGCAUAUCUCUUAGAGGCGCAUCGGGUUCUGAAGCCCGGUGGCGUCUUUCUGUUGGUGUCGCAUUCCGGCCCUUCCCUCCGAUUGCAUCACUUGCUGCAGGAACCUUUGCGGCAGUGGCGGAUUAAGGUGGCUCGGCUGCCGGUGAAGCCGCCAAGCCAAGAUCUCCACCUCGAGGCCGAGGAUGACGCUCAGGACGUUGCCGAAGACGUGAGUCGCUGCUUUUGGAUCUUCGCCUGCACAAAGCCUGGGGGCGAACCCGAAGAAUGUGAAGCAGCACCAGAAGUCAGUACGGAUGUGCCGACUGCGGGUGACGCCACGAAAGCCGCGUCAGCCGUUUUCUUCUGA